AAACAUUCCAAUAAACCAAAUUCCAUAGACCUAUUUCACGUCCGUUUUUCCCUAUGCUGAUACGCCUUUGGUGAUUCUCCUUCUCAUCUUCGCCUUCAAUUCUAUCAUAAUCACACAAUCCCCAUUCCAUUUACUUUGUAUUGUAGAUCCAAACCCUAAAAUUUUUCCAGAAAACCCACUCGGAUUUUGGGUUUUGCUUAAUUUUCUAUAUAUUAACAUAAUUCGUUGUUUUUGGGGGCUUUAGUAGUAUUAAUUGUAUCGGGUUUUCAAAGCACCCUUUGAAGCCUUGAUUUGGUUUUUCUUCAUCUGGGGGUUGUUUCACUUUGCAAGCUGGCUAUGGACUACGAGCCGUAUGACAGCAGUGGAACAGAUGAUGAUCUCCCCCCAUCACAUCAAAAUAGGAUUCCAAGAGGUGGUGGCCGCAUGAAUGGAAAUGGGAGAUCUGCUGUAAUGGCUUCUGUACCCUACCAAAGGAUGUAUGGUGAAACUGACAUGGAGGCUCAAAUUCAUCAGCUUGAGCAAGAAGCAUACAGUUCGGUUCUAAGAGCCUUUAAAGCUCAAGCUGAUGCCAUUUCUUGGGAGAAAGAAAGUUUGAUAACGGAGUUAAGAAAAGAGUUAAGAUUGUCCAAUGAAGAACAUAGAGAACUUCUUGGUAGAGUUAAUGCUGAUGAUGUCAUCAGAAGAAUAAGGGAGUGGAGACAAUCAGGGGCUCAUCAACCUGGUAUGCUUGGCACUGGUCAAGCUAUUCAUGACCCAUUACCCAGUCCUUCUGUCUCAGCUUCACGGAAGAAACAGAAGAUAGCUCCACCUUUACCGUCACAGUCCUUUGCUGGACCAUCUCCUACUUUCCACCCACCUGCUCUGGCUGCUGCAAACCAGCCAUCUUCAUCUGCUGCCAAGAGAGGGCCUAUGAUGGGGCCUAAGGGCAAAAAAAGUAAAUCUGGACAGAUGAUGCCUGGUGCAUCUUCAAUGAAAAUGCAGUACCCGCCUUCCGGUCCAUUUGGAAGAGGCCAACUCGAUAAUCGGGUUUCUGAAUCUGCUAAAGCUCCAGUUGAUUCAUUGAUUGGAAGGAAAGUAAGGACUAGAUGGCCUGAUGACAAUAAUUUUUAUGAGGCAGUCAUUACUGACUAUAACAAAGCUGAGGGUAGACAUGCUCUUGUUUAUGACAUGAGUACUGCAAAUGAGACAUGGGAAUGGGUCAAUCUUUCAGAGAUUUCUCCAGAAGAUAUCCAGUGGGAUGGUGAAGAUCCAGGAAUUUCUCGUCAUGGAAAUUAUGGUGGAUCUGGCCGUGGUGUGAAUAGACCUGUAGGGCGUGAUAGUGGUCCAGGUGCUGGGAGGGGAAGGGGGUUGGCUAAACCUCAGUCCAGAAAAGGCUUUCCACCAUCACAGAAUGGAGGAAGGAAAGGAUGUGAUGAUAUCCAGUUACUUCACACAGACACACUGAUUAAAGAGGUGGAGAGGGUCUUUGGCGCCAGUCAUCCGGAUCCUUUGGAAGUUGAGAAGGCGAAGAAAGUACUUAAGGAGCAUGAGCAAGCACUUCUGGAGGCUAUCUCAAGGCUCGGAGAAAUCUCUGAUGGAGAGAGUGAUGAACAUUUCAUGCAAGCAAUGAACCGUGAAUGACAUGACAGGGCUACCAUUAUUGUAACUGAGUGGUAUAUAGAAGGUGUGGCAAGAACCGCUGAAAUAACAGCUAAAUGGAGCUAAGGGGGCAUACAUGUAUUCUAGAUGGGUUCGCCAUAUGUUAUGAAACACAGAAUGACUUUAGGUCAGUUGUAAAAUGUCAUGCUGAAGGAGAAGUUAUGCUAACAUUAUAUUAUUGUACUCUAGUUUUUGUCUGCAUAGGCCCUAUUUGUAGUUGGAUUAUUGUUUCAUCUAGUGGCAGUUUAGUACUCUUGUAAAAUUAAAUGUUAGCAAUUUAACGUGUGAUCAUGUAAAAAAGAAGGUUUUAUUGUUGGAUUUGGGAAAUCGAACAGCUUAACUAUUCUUAAGUCGUUCAUUUCAUUGUUGA